AGUUUUAAAUAAUAAAGCAAGUGAUAAAGCUGCGCACGUAAUCUAUUACGAUUCCAAGUCUACGGUUUUCACAGUUUACGACGUUUCGUCACACGAAAACACACAAACCGGAGAUACGAAGUGUACAAAGACUGCGCACACGACGAGUCUAACGACCGCGAUAUCGCGAAUAGACGCGAAUACCACCGCCGCAGCGCACAUCGAGAUUCGACGCACAUUGAUAUCGGAAUCGGAAUUGUGAAUUCAUGCGGCUGUGAAUUGGAAACAGUUUGGCCUGGUCCGUCGUGUGGCACGUACGUAUCGCGUGCUAUGGUUGGGUUCGGUUGGGUUAGACAUUCGGAAUUACGCAUUGAAACGCACUGAAACCCUCGAACUUUGCAUUGAUUCAAAGCGGUGUGCGUGAAGGCUGCAGUCCAGGCUCAAACUCGUGAAACAUUCAGAAUUACAGCUGACUGUGAUAUUACAUUACAAUUUAAUUACAAUUCUUAACCCUCAAAAUGGAAACUAUUGAGUACUUAAAGAGCCCUGAGUUGGUGUAUAAAGUACAAACAUUUUUUGGCAUCAAGCGAGUGGAUUCAACAAAACAAGCCAGCAUAGAGAAGACAGACAAAGAGAGUUUUACGAUAGCCUCAAAGUUCUUACAUUAUUUCUUCCUGUUUGGGACUGAGUUGGGCGAUGAAUUGUUUUAUUCCAUGUUUAUUCCAUUCUGGUUUUGGAAUAUUGAUGGAUAUGUUGGGAGGAGGGUUGUUCUUGCUUGGGCAAUUGUUAUGUACACAGGUCAAGGAAUCAAAGACAUAGUAAGAUGGCCCAGGCCCGGAUAUCCGGCGGUUCGAGUCCAGCAGAAAUGGGCGCUCGAAUAUGGCAUGCCCUCAACUCAUGCGAUGGUCGGCGUGUCAAUUCCCUUCUCCGUCUUGUUGUUCACAUUGAACAGGUACAAAUACACCACGGAGAUCGGGCUCACAUUCGCGGUGCUAUGGUGUUUAUUGAUUUGUGUUAGUCGAGUUUAUUUGGGGAUGCACACUGUGCUGGAUAUUCUGGCAGGACUUGCACUAGCCAUUAUACUUAUGUUCCCAUUGGUGCCAUGCGUUAAUUACUUAGACAAUUACUUCCUUACAAAUCCGAUGUCGCCGAUUUUGAUACUGAUGUCGUCGAUUCUUAUGAUAGUUUACUAUCCCAAUAGUGAAAAAUGGACGCCUACUAGGGGUGAUACAACAAUGAUUAUCUCCGUUACAGUGGGUUUACACAUCGGCGCAUGGUUGAAUUAUCAAACCGGUAACAUGUCCGUCGCUGAAUUAUCUCCACCUUACGAAAUCUACUGGCCAUCACAAUACAUGUGUCUGUGUAUAAUAAUGCGAAUGAUCUUGGGUCUGGCGAUCAUCGCACUGGUUCUAACAACAUGCAAACGCGUCUCAUACAACUGGCUAUGCGCAUUACUGGGUCAAAAUCCGGAUAAUAUUAAAAACAGCGAGAAUUCCCUGGAUAACAAGCAUAAAACCUUCGUGGAAUUGAGCUGCAAAUUUAUUUCCUGCGCCAUUGUCGGGCUACACAUCGUUUACUUCAUUCCAUUGUUAUUCCGCUCCUUGGGCAUUGAACGGCCCACAUUCUACACGGAGAUUUGAUAAAUUUAUGCUAUUGCUAUACGCUUUACGCCGCAGCAUCACACAUCUAGUAACUAUAUUGAUGAAUCAUGAAUAAUCACGAUGCUUCCAAAUCGAUGAACCGAUUUAGAUAAGAGAGUAGAUGCUGUACGCUUCAAAGCAUGCAUAUGUACUCAUUGUUUUAUGAGUACGACAAUCAACAUGUUUAUAAUGCACCAAAUUCACAAUCUAGAAGUAUGUAAUCAAGUGAUAAUUCGUUCGUAAUUUCUACGACGCGUUCGUACGCAUAUGUAAGUUAUUGAUAAGCAAUGUUGCCACUGAUCGCCGGGAUAGCAAUCUAAUCGUCAAUACUAGUACUAGUCAAUUGAGCAAUCAGCAAUGCAAUUUCAUGUUCAAAGAACGAAUUUUAUAUUGAGCAAUAUAAUUCCAAACUUAAUAAUUGCACGCAAUUUAGAUACUUAUAUAACUGUUAUAUUAAAAUUCUUGAAUUCAACAA